AUGGAUCAAGAUUCAUUGAUAGGGGAGAAUGAUUCUGUGAUAAAUGUGGAAGCUGUGAUACUGAAAUUCACUCGUUUGACCAUAUGUGAAGGAGAAGAUGGUAUUGAUUCUUCAAAUGGAGAUGUUCUGAUCUGUCCUGACAUGAUUAGAUACAGGAAAUUAACACACUUUGAUGUUGAUCCUUUUGUCGAAGAAGUGCUUGUGAAAGAGAAUGAGUGGCUAGGAGCAGCUGAACCACUGACUGGUUCAUUUGUUUUUAUAUGUGCUCAUCAAAGCCGAGAUCGAAGAUGCGGUGUUUGUGGCCCUGCUCUUGUUAAAAAAUUCAAAGAAGAGAUAACCCUUCAUGGUCUGGAAAGACAAGUGUCUGUUAGGCCCUGCUCACAUGUUGGUGGUCAUAAGUAUGCAGGAAAUGUCAUUAUAUUUAGUCCCAAUAUCAAUGGAGAAGUAACUGGUCAUUGGUAUGGAUAUGUCUCUCCAGAUGACGUGCCUACAUUGCUUGAACAGCAUGUUGGGAAAGGCAAGAUCGUAGACCAUCUGUGGAGGGGGCAGAUGGGAUUAUCCGAGGAGGACCAGAAAAAUGCUCAUAACCUUAGACUUCUGCAGAACGGCGGAAUGGUGCAAAAUACUGCGAAGGAAUUCAUUCAAACUACUGGAACUGAUGGUGUUGUGAAUGGCUCAAUGGCUGGAGUAGGUGGAUGCUGCCAGGGCACUGGCAACAUUCGUUGUUGCCGGAGCAUGCCACCAAUAGAAAAACCAGAAAAUGAUCAGAUUGGCCAACAGGAGACUCAGGAGGUCGAGCAGAAGAAGAGCAAGAAGGAAACCAAGGCCGGCAGCAGCAAAGCAGCUCCCUGCACUCGUAAAAUCUGUGCAAUGCCUACCUGGUUUGAGAGCUGGGAACGAGAGGACACCUUUGCAGCUCUUGCGGUGGUUGCAGCCAUUGCCUCUGUUGCUGUUGCUUAUAGCUGCUAUAGGCAGCUGAGAUAAAGUUCAGUUCUUUUAUAACCAUGACCUGUGCUGGCUUAGGUAUCACUGGUCCUCAUGAGACUGAGCAAGCAUGUCAUCAAAAUGUAUUCUAGCUGUUCCAUAGCCAAACAAAACAUCAGAGCACACUUGGAAUAAGAAGAUACACGAUGCUUCAGACCUAGUUUUGUAAUGUUCAUAGGU